GCCGCUCACGACGGAGAGCGCGGUCACCUCACACCCACUUCAGUGCUACAAAAUGACAGGGGACCACUGAAACUCCAAAAGAAAAUGAGAAAAUUAAUUAUUGGCAUCGGAGGAAUAACCAAUGGCGGAAAAAGUACUCUUGCGAGGAGUCUCCAUGAGCACAUUGUCAACAGCUACAUCAUUGCCCAGGACACUUUCUUCAAGGAUGACUCAUUGGUAGCAGUUGACAGUAGAGGAUUUAAACAAUAUGAUGUGCUUGAUGCUCUCAACAUGGAUAAAAUGAUGAGUGAAGUCCAGACCUGGCAGAAGGACCCAGUGUCGUUUCUAGCUUCCCAUGGACAGAGAACCCAGAGUUCAAGGGUGUCAGAGACCCCGGAAGACAUGUAUGUUCUCAUCAUAGAGGGUUUUCUCAUCUACAAUUACAGGCCCUUCAAUGAAAUAAUUGAUAAAAAAUACUUUUUACACAUUCCUUAUGACAUCUGCAAGGCGAGAAGGUGCUCACGGACGUAUAAUCCUCCUGAUCCAAGUGGAUACUUUGAUGGACAUGUAUGGCCCAUGUACCUGAAAAACCGAAAAGAAAUGGAGGAUACAGUCUCAGACCUUGUCUUUUUGGAUGGAAUCCAGACAAGAGACCAACUUUUCUCCAUAGUAUAUGAAGAUAUUAAAAUGGAAAUGCAAAGGCUAACAGGUAGGACAUUUUUAUGUCAUUUAAAGAAAUUGUAUCCAGUGUUUUGCUUCAGUGAAACUAAAAACUAAACCCUUUGUGUGAACUGUUGAUGAAAAAUACGUUGUAAAGUUUCUCAAUUAAAUUUUUUUUGUGUUUAAAAGCGACAUCCUUUAAUUUUACAGCUGAUUUUUCUU